AUGGAUGAUGAAGUGCUUGCCGGUUUUGCACGACAUACAAGGAAAAGACGUGAUACCCAUGAACCAAAUGGACUUGUAAAUCAAGAGGAGGGGGAGACCUCUAGAGCGGUAACAAUUGAGGAUAUCGUUAGAGUUAUGUCAGGAAUAGCACAACAGCAUACACCGACAAAUAAGUUUGCUGAAUUCAAGAAAUUGGCUCCACCAUACUUUGAUGGUAGCAGCGAUCCGCUAAAAGCUGACAAGUGGAUAAAAGAGUUGGAGAAGUUCUUCGAUGUACUCAAAUGUGACGAUGCAGAAAAGAUACGAUUUACAAUAUUUCAGUUACAAGGAAAUGCAAGCGACUGGUGGGAGUUGGAGAAGCAAACUUACGAGCGCGAUACAAGUACACUCUCAUGGGAUACAUUUAAGAAAGCUUUUUACAACACCUACUUUUCCAAGAGUUUGAGGCAAGAGAAAGAGAUGGAAUUCAUAAAUCUGAAGCAAGGGAAUAUGACUGUUACUGAAUAUCAAGCUCGGUUUGUGGAAUUAGCAAAGUUUGCUCAAUCAUGGAUGGGAAGUGAGACUACGAAGGCGAGAAAGUUUGAAAUGGGGUUGAGUCCCCACAUAAGCAAUUUGUGGUUCCUUUUGAGCUUAACACUUUCAUUGAGGUGGUUGAUAAGGCACGAUUGA